UCCACAAAAGCUUAGCACCUAUUAUGUACAGAUCAAACUGUGCUAGAUAUUGGGUGAGACACAAAGAUGGAAGAGAGCAUGGUAUUUGCCAUCAAGAAGUUUGUGCAGAAUUAGGGAGAAAACCAACACAAGUAAUUGUAAUGCAAAAAGAAAAUAUAUUCAAAGGGCUCUAAGAAUUUUAAGGAAGAAAUUAGUUCCCAUUGAAGGAGCAGGAAGAAUUCAUGGAAGAAGUAGCCUUGAGUUUGGACUUGAAUCAAAGCCAUGCCAUUUUUUGACAUUCAAACACGUUUGGGCCUCAAUGUUGACAAAUGGAUGACAAUUAUGAGUGCUGAACAACCUUACAAAAUGCCAGCCCGAUGCCAUGCUUUUGAGAAGGAAUUCAUUGAGUGUGCCCAUGGAAUUGGUAUGACCCGAGCCAAGAAAGAAUGCAGACUGGAAUAUGAGGAUUUCAUUGAAUGUUUGCAUAGGCGGAAAACGAUAGAACGUUUGGGAACAGUCAUGAAGCAGAAGGAGAAGUUAAUGAAAGAAGGGAAGUAUACUCCUCCACCUCACCACUCAGGCAAAGAAGAGCUAAGACCUUGAUUGGUGGCUUCACGUUGUUUCACUCUUUAUGAUGGGAUGAAAGUAUACCCUUUUCCACUGGAAAUGUAUAUUUAUUAAGACAGAGACCUUAUUCCAAAAGUUAAAAAUCAGAAUGUAGAAGCUGUCCUGUUUUCCCCUGCCCCCAGUUCUCUCCGUACUUUGUCAUUAAGAUAACCACACCAGGCAAGUUGGUAGCAGUGGUUCACACUGUAAUAUAUGAUCUGUGAUUCUGUCUGCAUCUGAAAAUAAGCAUUUUGGAAAGUAAACAUUUACCAGUGUUA